GUAUUUAAAUCUCUGGUCCCGUUACUUCAUAUAUUUUUAAUUGUUGAACCGAUUUAAACAUGAUCCUGUGGAAGCAUGAUAAGUUCAGUCUUGUGUGGAAUAAAAUAUAAUUUACAUUGAUAAAUCAUAACACAAUAAUUCACAUGUCUGAGGAGAAGCAUGAUAAGUUCAGUCUUGUGUGGAAUAAAAUAUAAUUUAUAUUGAUAAAUCAUAACAUAAUAUUUCACAUGUUUGGUGAGAAGGAUGAAAAACAUGGAUAAAACUUGUAAAAUAGAAGGAAAGAACCUCAACAACCUCUUACAUCUAAUAAAUACACCUGCCAGUAAACAACAGCUUCCGUCCAUAGAACUGUCCUCUAGUCCUUUAACCAAACAGAGCCCAUGGCCUCUACCUCAACCCAAAUCAGGUGCUCAUCAGCUCCAGUCUACAGAAUCUGUUGCUCUGGAGAAGUUUAGAUCAAGGUACCAGUCAGAGAGGAACUUCAGUCAACAUCCACAAAGUACAAAGUUUUCUGAAGUCUUCACAGCUUUAAUCAAGUACAGACUAUGUUGCGAAGAAUGGAUUAUUCAGGCUCCACCAAAGAACAUAUUCCUUCUUUUAUCCUGUCUCAGAAUAUUAAUGAGAGAUCUUACUUAUCAGAAACAGUUUUAUCAGUUAAAUGGUCUCAAAUCUCUAUCAGAUCAUUUCCAAAAGGCAACUCAAAGUUACCUAAGAUAUGGAGAAAGUCCCUACAUCGUGGAUAUUCUUAAAGAAAUGUCAAACAUUAUUCAGAAGAUAUCUGCCAUUGGAGAACAGAGAGAAUGGUUGAUAGAAUAUGAAGCACAUAAUUCUUUAGUUUUGCUGCUCCAUGCCAGUGAUGUUAUAGUUCUACAUUGCUCUUUGUAUGCAUUGAUUGGAUUGGCUCAAAGCUCAAAACCAAGACAGGAAAUAGGCAUGCUGAACUGUAUAGAAAUAUUGUUGAUAAUAGUGCAAGAGUAUGAUAACUUGUCUAAAAAAUUGGCAGCUAAGCUGUUACAGUUUAUGUGUCAGGAUCCUUUAUCACGAGACAGUGUAAUGAUACACGAUGGAAUUCCAAUUCUUCUAAGUCAGCUUCACAGUGACAAUGUUAACUUAUUAUGGCAUGUUGUAUGGUGCUUAGCUCAACUUUGUGAAGAUCCUGUUGCCAGCAAAGAAAUAAGACAGAUUGGAGGAAUUCCACUUCUACUUUCUCUUUUGCAUGAUAGAACAUUUGUAACAGAGAGAAUGGAAAACAGCGAGGGGCCAGCCAGUGCUGGAGCCCAUGGGAGGACCCCGGUUGUUGAUGAUGCUAUAUGGGAGACAAUAUUUACCAAACCUCGAGGAAUGUCGAAGUCAGAAGAAUUGAUGGAGAUACAGUAUUCAUUGAAAUCUGCCAGUUGUGCUGCAUUAAUGGAACUAGUUUUGAAUGAUGCUAACGGUCAACAUAUAAUACUGGCUAACGGCUUAUACUAUCUUGGACUUCUUAUUCUUCCACCAUGUAAACAAUGUGUUGGAAAAGAGAGAAAAUGGGCCAAAAAUCUUCAGAGAAAUGCGUUCCGAGCCUUAAGAUUCACAUUCAGUAUGGAGAGAAAUAGACGGCUGUUUAAAAGACUUUUCCCUCCAGAUUUAUUUGAUAUGUUUAUAAGUGUUGGACAUUAUAUAAAAGAUCUGUCAGCUUAUAAAACGCUGGUAGAGAAAAUCAACAGCUAUAGGACUGACAUUGUUGAUGAUAUAAAAACAAACAUAAUGGAAACAAACCAUAAUAGGACACCAAAUCGUUACAUUGGAGAUUAUGCUGUGUUUGAACUCCUGGGGUCGGGAGCAUUUGGUUCUGUGUUCAAAGUCAAAAAACAAGUGGCAGGGCAACAGUUCUUAGCUUUGAAAGAGAUCAAUAUUGACAAUCCAUCGUUUGGUAAGAACAGUCUAGAGAUAGACCAAAGUGUUGGUGAAAUAAUGAAUGAAAUAGCUAUCAUUAAAGAGCAGAUGAAACAUCCCAACGUGGUCAGAUUCCUCAAGACUUUUGUUGAGAGUCAGAAGUUAUACAUUGUAAUGGAGUUAAUCGAUGGUGUUCCAUUAGAGGAACACCUCAAUAAUCUGAAGGAUAAGAAUGAACAAUUUGCUGAAGAUAGAAUUUGGAAGAUACUAAUGCAGAUGGUGCUUGCACUGAGAUACCUGCACAAAGAAAAAGGAAUUUUACACAGAGAUUUAGCUCCAAAAAAUAUCAUGUUAGGAGAAAAUGACAAAGUUACAAUUACUGACUUUGGAUUGGCCAAACAGAAGAGAAGUGAUUGUAGUAAAAUGACUUCAGUAGUGGGAACUAUUGUUUAUUGGUGCCCAGAAAUAGUACAGAGCCAACCUUAUGGAGAGAAGGCUGAUGUUUGGGCAUUAGGAUGUAUUCUGUAUCAGAUGUGUAUGUUAAAGCCUCCAUUCUACAGCGAUAACAUGUUGUCAUUAGUUACUAAGAUAUGUUCAGCAUCGUAUGACCCAAUUCCAACAGGAACUUAUACAGAUAGGCUAAUCAAUGUGGCUAAAACUUGUAUUUGUGAGUCCCCAGAUAAACGUCCAGAUAUUGUUGAAGUAGCUAGUACUAUGGCAGAUAAACUGAUGGUACAUAUAGAUAGCAUGGCCACACAACAAUCUACAAUGGAGAAAAAGUUAGAAAAAGAGAGGCACAAAGCUCAAAGGCAUUAUUUUGAAGCUAACCAGAAUAUGCAGAAUUAUCAUAGAUUAUUUGUUUUGUCACAAGAACGUUAUGACCAUCUGGCCAACUUAGCAGGAAGUGGUGGAGCAUCUGACUUGAAAGAUGCUGAAAUAUUAGAUCCAGCUUUUGUUGAUAUUGAAUUACUGAGGAGUUCUGGAUGUAACUCACAACUUAUUCAGGAUCUGGAUGACAAUGAAAGAGUUUCAGGCUGGACGAGUGAUGAUGAUGACAGUUAUAACAGUAGUGAAAAUGACAGUCGAGAAAAUAGUGCUGGUAGUCAGCGAUCCCUUGAUCGCUCAAGUCUUUAUGUCACUCAUCAACUUCCUAAACCACCAAGAUCACCUAAAGUAUUUCAUGGAGGGAAAUUAAAGAAAUCCAAAUCAUCAAUAACACCUUUGAACUUAGAUAUUCCGUGGAAAAGUAGUCGUGAUUCAGGACUUAGUUCUGGUGACCCAUCACCUAAUAACAGUACUACCACCAGCACAACUGUUUCACUGGAUCCUCUGGUCAAUGGUCAUCUUCAGGGAUUAUCACUUAAAAAGUACCAUCGUUCAAACAGUAGUCCAACUGUCAAUGUUGUACGUUCUAGUAAGAAAAAAGUCAAACGUCCAAACAGUGCUAAUACUCCAACUUUGACCAUUUCACAGAGACGUGUUCGACAAAUAAGUGACCCAAUACUACAGAUGUUGCAUCAGCUUCAUAAGAUACUAUAUAUAACUCAGUUACCCCCUACAUUGAGACCCCACACGAAGAGGAGAAUGAUAGAACGAUUUAAGAGAGCAUUGUUUGCUUCUCAUAGUACAACCUUCAAUCUGAAAAGUGAAUUAAAAAAGUUGAUGUGUGGCUCAAGGGAGGUAAUUGACUUAAACUUGGGGCCAGUAGACAGUGGAAGUCGUUCUAGUUCUACCAGUUCACAGGACAAAGAAAAUAUGUCUGAUGGAGAAACAAGAGGAAUAGAUAGAUUAGAAACCAAUCAGUGUGAUCCUGACAACAGAGACGGUGGCGUCACCUAUGAACAGAUGCAAUACAUGAUUGAAAGUGUACUGAAGCAGUGUGGAUAUUAUAAUGUCUCUCCAACUACAAGGGAGAGAACUCCUCCACUCGGACCAAUCAGAUCAGAAAUUACCAACAGUAGACAUUUUGAAACACCUAGGUAGCAGUUAUCAUUGGUGUUACCAUAGAAACAGUAGACAUUCUAAAUCACCUAGGUAGCCAGUUAUCAUUGGUGUUACCAUAGAAACAGUAGACAUUCUAAAUCACCUAGGUAGCCAGUUAUCAUUGGUGUUACCAUAGAAACAGUAUUACAUAGUGAGAAAAGCAUUAGAUUUUCUGUGUGAAUGAGUUUGAUUGAUGAGAGAGAAAAGUAAUUUAUUAUUGGUCAAGAAAUUGUGCAAUGACUUAUGUCCGUCCAUUCAGUUAUGAUUCCAUCCAGAGUAAUAUAUAUGUCUCCCGUCCAUUUGUUUUACAUGGCAACAGUCAUUCCAUAUUAUUUUUACAUUCCAUUAUUUUAUGCAUAUUUAUAUUUAAUCAUACAUAAGUCAUUCUGUCUCAUUUUAACUUUACAUAUUAAUAAUAUAUUUCUUUAAAGUAGCUUAAAACAUUCUUUUACAACAAAUAAUUUGUCACCCAGUGAAACAUUUGCCAAUAUUUAAGUAAAUGAUAUUUAUUUUGUUUAAAAUGAGAAAUUUUACUUUUAUGACCUUAUGGCUCAUUUGAGGG